CAUCCUACUGGCUCUUCUUUGCAUCUCCUGGAAGACUACAGAAAUACUCCAUGCCAGCUGGUAAAUUACAAACUCAUGACCCCCAUAUAUUUAUGGUGAUAUUUAUUUAAUUAAUGUUUAAACGUUGAAUGCUUCAAUCAUCAAGGACUUCCAAAAACAAGAAACAUAGGAUCUGACAAGAGGUUGCAAGGAAAACACACAAAGCAAAAGAACCAUUCAACCAAAUCAGAAGACCAGUUGCAAAGCAAUGAGCAUAGAAGCAGUUCUCUCCACCACCUUAGCUUUGAUCAUCAAGUUAUCAGCAUCUCAAGCACUCCAGUAUCUCCGGCCAAUAUGCGGUGUGGCUGAUGAGCUCGAAAAGCUCCGCAGGUCAUUGUUGUCAAUUCAGUCGGUAAUUGGAGAUGCAGAGGAGAGACAACUCAAGGACAAGGCUGUGAAGAGCUGGUUGACUGAACUCAAGCAUGUAGCUUAUGAAGCAGAUAACAUACUUGAUGAGGUCAACACACUUGUUCUCAGGCGAAGUUCAGAUAUUCGCAAUCAGAUGAAAAACAAAGUGAGUGAUUUAUUUUCUCUUGAUAAUCCCAUUUUGUAUCGAUUAUUACUAGGGAGUAAACUCAGAAAUGUAUUGAAGAAAAUUGAUGGGAUUAUGAUUGAGAUGCACAAGUUCAAUCUAAGAGUAGGUAAUCAGCUGCCACAAAGAAAUAGGCCACAGACACACUCAUUUAUAAUAGAGGCUGAUGUGAUUGGCAGAGAUGAAGAUAGAGAGUAUAUAGUGAACAUGCUCACAACCAAUUCUUUAGAUGAUAAAAUGCUAGUUGUUUGUGUGGUUGGUAUGAUGGGCUUAGGAAAGACUACGGUUGCUCAACUUGUCUAUGGAGAUUUGCAUGUGCAGAAACACUUCGAGCUGCGCAUAUGGAUAUGUGCAUCCGAUGAUUUUGAUUUGGAAAAGAUUGCCAAAAGAAUUAUAGAGUCAGCCACCGGAAAACAGUGUGAUCUUACAAACAUGGAAUUACUGCAGCAACAAUUGAGGACAUUGGUGGAAGCAAAGCGAUAUUUGCUAGUGUUGGAUGAUGUUUGGAAUGAAGAUUCCCACAAAUGGGAAGAGCUAAAAAAUUUACUUGUUUGCGGAGAUCAUUCAAGCAGAAUCCUUGUUACAACGCGAAAGGAGCAGUGCUUGACGGUGAUGGAUGCAGACAUGGUUUACCACCCCAAAUGUUUAUCUGAAGAGAGCUCCUGGGUUUUGUUUGAAAAAAGCGUAUUUGGGAGGAAUGCUGAGAAACAACCAUUCAUGGAGAAAAUUGGGAGAAGUAUUGUGACGAGGUGCGGGGGAUUACCCUUCACCCUAAAAGCCUUAGGGAGUUUAACGCGGUUUAAGAAAGAGGAAAGGGAGUGGUUGUCUGUGGCGGAAAGUGAAAUUUGAGAAUUAGAGUCAGUUGAAGAUGGUAUCAUACCAGCCCUGUGGUUAAGCUACAAUGACAUG